AGAAAACAAGUCUAAACCACCAAUGACUGCAGAGCAAAGGAGGUUUGAAGAUCUUAUGACUUAUUUUGUUAACAACGCGUCACCAAAUGUUGACUUUUUGAAGGCCCCGGACCCUCCUAUACCCGCUGGUGAAUGUAGGUAUUGUUUAAAGGUGGAUGAUCACAUUACACAACUGUGCCCCUACAAGUAUGAUGUCCCAAAGAAUGCAAUUCUUGGCAAGGGCUGUUCGGUUCAGUGUGUUGUCUGCGGAUGUAGGUUUAGAGACUCAUGUUGUGCCAAAUGCGGCCAUACCCGUGGACGUGCAAUCCUCAUGGAUUGUAGAAUCUGUGGGAAGUCAUAUGACCACUGGCCUGAUAUGUGCCCGCAACGCGAUUUGAAUUCUUCUUUUACGUGCGACCCUUAUACUAGUUAUAUUUCUUUCAAGACUUGUCCUCCAAAAGAGUAGAGAACAGAGAAUGAAUUGUACUAUAGAGUUAAGCAAAAGAGAAAGGAGUGCUUUUUUAUGUUGUUUGCCAAAAAUGGGGCAUGUUUUUGUUUAGCCAUGCAUCCUAUCAUUUAGAUGCCUACAACUUGUAUUGUUUUUAUCGCAAAUGAAUUGCAAUUUGCAUUGUCAUUGUCUAUUAUGUUCUUAUGCUUGAAGAUGUGGGAAUCCAAUCCAUCUAUUUAGAAAAUGUCUCAAGUAAAAGGUGGUUUUUAUCUCAA